AUGGCGCCAGUAGUAGCAUCCUCCCCUCGCUUAACCCUCCAAGUCUUCUCCGUACCCGACCAUUUCGAGGCUUACUACGAACUAGAAAUGGAUCCCGAGGUCACCAAAUGGUCCUCAAAUCCACCCUUCAAAGAUAAAGAGGAAGUUCUGCAGAAACUCAAUAAUCGACGUCCCACACCUGAGAAACCUUGGUCUCAGACUUGGGCUAUAUGUUUGAAACCCGAGGAUCCGGACGUUGAUGAGGGUAGUGGGAAGUUUGUUGGGGCAAUAGGUUUGCCGAGAGAGAUUGAUGUUGGGUAUAGGAUUUCUCGGGCGUAUUGGGGAAAGGGCUUUAUGACAGAGGCGUUGGUCAUGUUUGUGGAUAUGUUUUGGAAGUUGGAUGAUUAUGCGAAAUACAACAGAAUUUCUGCUCAUGCUGAUUCAGAAAAUGGAGCUAGUAUGAGAGUUAUGGAGAAGGCUGGGUUUAAGAAGGGAGAGUACAAGAAGGCAUUCUAUGAAAGAGGUGCUGUUCCCGGUGUGAAGUUGGAUUUGCAGGAGUUUUAUAUCGAAAGACCGACUAGCUAG